CUCCCCCUCCCCCUUGCGCGCCUUUUCCGCUUCGCGCCUUUCUUUCUCUUCCUUCCGAAAUUGUCCCCGUUUUCUCGGAAGGAGGAGAAGGAGCACGAUGGCCAAGAGCGUCCGCAGCUGCCUGUCAGAAGCCCUGGAGAACCUAACGGACACCGAGCUGGAAAAAUUCAAGGCGAAGCUCAACGAGUUCCCGGUCAAGGAAGGCUUCAGCAACAUCCCCCGAGGACCCCUGCAGAAGGCGAGCGCGCUCAAACUCAGCGACCUCCUGGUCAGUUACUAUUGCCAGGACUACGCCGUGGAAGUGGCCGCCAAGGUGCUGUCGGACAGCAACUGCAAGCCCCAAGCGCAGAAGCUUCUCAGGGACACCGGGAAAGAUGCCUCCAAUUCUGUUCAGGAACCUGUGCCCCAGCUCAGCACCCACUCAAGACAAGCUGGGAAUCAACCAUCUAGUUCUUCUCACCGGCAUUUCAUCGACCAGUUCAGGGAGCAGCUGAUCCAGCGAACUGCCACAGUGGAACAGGUGCUGGAUAAGCUGUUGCAGAAGUCCAUCAUAAAUGAAGGACAAUACCAAGAAAUCUGUUCGAAGGAAACUAAUCAGGCGAAAAUGCGAGAGCUUUAUAAGUUAGUUCCUAGCUGGAACGACCACUGCAAAGAUCAAAUGAAAAAUGCACUGAAGGACGUAAAUCCGUAUCUCGUCAAAGACCUAGAAGGGAAAUGAAGCAACAAGGAAGAUGGAAAAUUAAACCAUUUUGUGCUGCCCCACUCUCUCUCUCUCACACACAUAAAUGUGGUUUGGAGAGUUUAUUAAUGUUCCCCAGCAAUUUCCUUCACUCAGCUUCAGAACUAUCCCAAAUAAAUCCAGCCACAAGCAGGCUAAGGUUAAUCCACAAGGCAAUAGCCAAUAGUCCAUAAAACAGUGGAAAGUCGCUCCAGCAAAUAAGUCCACCAAACAAACUUAAAUCCACCAGGCCAAACUGAAAUACACCCACAGAAGUUCACUUGGCAAGAGAAGUUCAAAGUCUCCAAAGGCCAAAGCACCAGGAACAAACAUACCCAGCCAGAAACCUAACACGUUCCCUCUGUCUGCUGUGAUAAAUAGCUUUCCAGUGCAACCCAUGAAAAUGGGCAGGGCCUUCUCCUGAGUAAUGUGGCAGAUCUCCAUUGCUCUUAUCUUUUCUCUGCUCUCAGUUCCACCACGGAAGGCAGUUCCUCCUCCUUUUCAUUGACCGUCCACCCCUGCAAGGUGUCCCCAGCCGAAGCCCUCUCUUUCAGCCAGCCAUUCAGAGUCAUUAAUUAACCUAGUUCCUGAUAUGCCAGGAAUGAGUUCAUCCUCCCUUGGACUGACCUGAGAAGAAUCUGAAGAGUCAUCCAAGGAAGACAUCACACAUUUCAGGACUCAAAAAAGAUCUAUGUGCUAUGUAACUCCUUUGAUCCACACUAGGAUAAGAAACUGGGAUCCUCAGAUCCAUUCAAAACCUAACCAGCUUGCUCAGUUGUAGGAGAUCAUCUACUACUGCAAAGAAAGAUACAGAAAGACUGGCAAACAAAUAUUAAAUCCCACCUUAGGAGUGUCCUCUUCUGGGGGAGAAUAUUAUUGUGUUAAACUUACCUCAUUCUAUUCCAUGGGCAACUGAUCAAUUAUAGAGCAAACUGAUAAAUCCAUAUAUUUUGACCAGCUUCUCAGUCCUUUGGACUCUCUUGUUUUAUGAACAUGAAAGUUCAGAUAUCCUUGAGAUGUUUUACAUUUUUAAGCAACUUUUUCUUCGAAAUCACAAACACAGACUAUUUGGGGAUCUAUAUAUGGAUUCUGGGGUCUAAAAACAAAAAUUUAUUCCACUUUCCUUUAGCAUUUUACUAUGUUUCUCCUAGAAUAAAGCAAAGUAUUAUU